AUGACAAGCCUUUCGAGGUUUAGUGGCUGCCCUCUCUCUUGCGUCAACCCCGGGGAGAGCAAUACUGAACUCAGCGUGGUGCUGCCACCUUUGGCAGGAGAGCACAUGGGACACCCCACUGGCAGUUCCUUAAAACUCUGCCCCUCGCACAAUUUGCGAGACUACCCCGAGACGAGGUCCAGUGCAUAUGUUGACCAUUCGGUUCCCAAUUUUUCAGACUCUGGAUACCCCAGCCACCGGUUAGAGCACAGCCCUAGGGGCAUUAUCAUUGGAGCCAAUCUUUCUGGAGCCGGCAUGCCACCCGUCACUGAUCAACUGGCAUCAAGAACUAACCAACAUGGCGGGAUUGGAAGGUAUCGUGACUUUCCUGGCUGCAGAGAUAACAGAAGCCAUGCUUUUUUCACAAGUUAUCAGGAGCAGGCCCAUGCCUCCACCGACGCAUCUCGAGAUCUCGGCAGCCAGAUGAUGCUGGGUUUACCUGGCGACCUCCUCACCCGGACUCACCCUUAUGGCCAAACUAUCAGCCCCAAGGGAAACAGCCAGCAACUUGUCACACAAUUCCUGGGUCUGUACAAACCCCUGAACAUGGCAAUUCAGCGUGGAGGAGGCGACGCGUUCCUCAGGUGCUCUAAACAAACAGUGAAGCAUGAGCUGGUGUGCAAGUGGAGUGACGGCCAAGAGGGGGCUGGGAAGCUGCCUUGCUCCAGAGCCUUCGGGACCAUGUAUGAACUUGUCACCCAUGUGACAGUGGAGCAUGUCGGAGGACCUGAGCACUCUGAAUAUGUGUGUCACUGGGAGAACUGCACGAGGGACAGGAAGCCUUUCAAAGCCAAAUACAAGCUGGUGAACCACGUCAGAGUCCACACAGGGGAAAAGCCCUUUCCAUGCCCCUUUCACGGCUGUGAGAAAGUUUUUGCAAGAUCAGAGAACCUAAAGAUCCACAAGAGGACUCACACAGGUGAAAAACCUUUUAAAUGUGAGUUCGAGGGCUGCAACCGGAGGUUUGCGAACAGCAGCGACCGAAAGAAGCAUUCUCACGUGCACUCCAGUGAUAAACCCUACAUGUGCAAGGUCAGGGGCUGCGACAAGUGUUACACCCACCCAAGCUCCUUGCGAAAGCACAUGAAGCUCCACUGCAACAAGGCCCAUGUCGCCAAAAGCGGCGACGCGCGUCCUGGUGACGGGGGUCACAUUUCUGAGGCCAGGUCAACCCGAGUCCCGGAUGGAACCCAGAUCAGCCCCUGUCAUCCCCCCACCACAACUCAAGAUGUCCCCCUGUCCCCAGAGAGUCGAGACCAGUCGACCCCGAGGUCACGUUUCCAUCACACAUUUGACAGCAGUUUGGACUACUCCGCACACAGGUCACAGCCCCUCUUGGACCCUUUGUUGCUACAGAGAGGCAGCUACAGGUCCCAGUCCUCCCAGUACCCCUGCGGCCAGACAGGUCACACUUUUGCCCAGAGCUCAAGGACUUUCCCCUCCACUUCUCCCUUUCAGAAAAGUAUUGUCAAUGGAUGGUACACAUGCCACAGCGGUGUGGACUCUUUCCCACCAAAGCAAUGUAACAACAUCUCGUCUCUCUGA